AUGCAAAAUGUAACUUUAUUGGCACCGGUAAAUCUGGCAUAUGUGAAGGCGGUGGGAUCACUUGAACCUUGGGAGGAAUACGACCUACUACGCUAUGUAUUGAACCAAAAGGUGUUCAUUGGUAACUUGACUGGAGAAGAAGUCAUUUACGAAAGCUUGUACAACAAUACUAAUGGUAAUCCAUACCCGGUCAAACUCAAGUCAGAAAAUGACGUGUACGUUGUCGACAAUGAGGCGACUAUAGUGGAGCUGGACAUUUAUGCAAAACACCAGCGGUCCUACAUACAAGCUAUAGAUAAGCUACUACCAAUAAAGGAAACCAUGUGUGAGGCUUUGCUUAAUUCUGAAGAUGAGCUGAUAUCAAUUGUACGUCAAAUGUUUCGACUGUUAUUCGCCGAUGAUACAGACACUCUUGGAAAAAAGAAGAAGAAAAAAAAGCAUGGCAAGCAUAAACCAAAACCACUUCCCAAGUCAUGUGCAGCGUUUCUUCAAGAUGUGAAAACUAUUAUGGUACCUAGCAACAAUGUCUUCAAAAAGUCACUUGACGAGCUACAAUUAAAGUAUUAUUUGGUUAAUACCGAUAGUGCCGAGUUUGAUACUACCGAAGAAGCUGAAUUUGAGAUCAACUCCGACAUUAUCGAGUUACUUCGCCAUCUCAUGUUUAAGGAGUAUAUUGGUGGUGUCAAUGGUACUGAAAAUAGCGUCAUUUCCUUGGCUGGACAAAAACAGAGAUUUUCCACCCACAAGGGAAACAUAACGAUUGCGCAUUUCUCUACCAACCAAUCAGCAGCUCUAGCUGAUGGAUUGAUUCAAAUCUUUGAAGAUGGCGAGGAGUUUUUCCAACAUUUGAAGAUUCCGACUGUUGAAAUGAUUGCUCGAAAAGCUCUAUUUGCCCACCACUACUCGAAUGUUGUUAAUGAGUUGAAAUUCAGACUGUUGGAUACUUAUAUUGAUGGAUCAGCUGUUAACCAAACGAUAAUCGUUGAUAUUGACCUGCGUGAUGAUGUUAGUGAUGAUGAGAUAAGGUCGUUAUCAUUCAGUUCCAAACAGGAACUUAUGUAUCACUUUAUUGACGAAACCAUCGACUUUAGCCUGACUCCCCAUGUCCUAGUAAAUACGCGUCUAUGCUCAAAGAAGAAGCUAGGUGGUUGCUAUAAGAUCAAAGUCUCCAAAACGGAAGGAGCCAGUGGGUCCAAAUAUAUUGUUGGUGAUGGAGCGGAAGUACUUGAAACUGUUGCCAUUGGAAACGAAAGUCAAAUUUUCAUCACAAAAGAGGAGAUAUCGACUCCGCUCAAUCUUAAGCACUCAUUGGGAGACUUGAUGUCCAAUGGAGCGUUGCCGCCUUCCGACGGAUUGCAAAUAGACCGCAGUGGGUGUGUUCGAACUUUGAGAUAUUUUGGCUCUUUUGACAUGUUGUCAUUGAAGGACAUCGAGCAAGGAUACACUAUAUUUUUGCCCUGUGGUAUGACUGACAGUGGAGUUGACGAAGGUCUAUGGAACGACCUUGGACUCGUGUUAAACUACCUUGAGGCCAAUCCAGCUGUAUUUCAAAACAUCACUAGAGGCAUGUUUUUGAAGAAGACAUUGUACAGCAACUUUCGGGGAUCAGAGAUGUUUAAGGAUGUAGAUGAUGACUCAGUGCGAGUGAAAAGCUUGAGUACUUCAAAAGAAACCAACCAAAUUGAAGUAGCCAACGACGUUUUCAACUUGCCUUUGAACUCGGACGUUUUAUUCAAUCAGGGUGUGAUACAUGUAGUGAACAAAGUGAUUCUUCCACAUGAUUUCUACAUUCCCAUUGGCGAUUUGAUUGCCACAACAUUUGAUGCACUGCUCCCCGACUUCUCAAUCGCACAUUUACUAGAUGUGUUUCCUGAUAUUAAAAAGUCACUAAAGGGAAAGAAUCCAUACUCUUUGCUUAUUCCACAACCAGACUCGUUAAAGGAUUUCAAUAUAACCAAGUCGUUUUCCAGCCUAUACAGCUUCCUUCAAUUUCAUUUAAUACCGAAUGAAGAGGCUUACAAGUUAGUUGAUUGUGCAUUGGGACAGAAUGUCAAGGAUAUAAUAAGGACAAAUUUAACUAAAGGUGGACUUUUGUGCAAGCACACUCUGAAGAAAGGUCAAGUAAUGCUCAAGUUGCGCAAAUUGAAUGGCACUGAUACUGUAGCUGACUCAUCAUACAACAAGAACCAAGAGGUAAAGCUACUCUCCCAUGGGUGUACGCUACAAGGCAACACCAGCAGCCGUUCGUGCGUCUUCCUUAUCGAUAAGCCAUUGAGCUUGCAAUGGUUUGAGAAAAAGUCGGACAACUUUCUUCAUAUACAUUUGGGAAUUGUUAGUCUUGGAGUUGGCAUUAUUCUCGGCUUGAUAAUAUUCGGUGGGGUUAUGAUUGGACUAGUAUUGUUCAUGGGCAGAAGGGGCCACCCUCGCAGGAAACCCAGCAUAGACGACGAGCUUCCACGUGCCGAUUCAGGAUUCAUGAGUGUCCUAACCGAUGAUGAAGAUUAUAUACCCUACGAUAGAGGCUAUGAAACUGAUAUUGAGGUGCUACGAUCAGAAACUGAAGGCUUGUUGCCUAGUCUGAAAAAGAAACGGAAAAUCAGACACAAUGAUUAUGGGUCAAUUCGAUCAGCUGAAAAUGGCCCGUCUGUUACUCUCCCUCGUGAUAUUGGCAAUAUUAAGAGCAACUUGGCGAGGGAGAGGAAUUUACCAGGUGUGUCUCAAUUUUAA